AAUAAAUUUAACGAAUUCCAUUGUAGCAAAACAAUUCUAGGAAACACUUUUAGGUCUGCUAGCAGUGAGACAUUCGCUCUAGUCGUUUGGUUCGUUUGGACUUCGAUUUUGAAAAUAGCUCGACAUGGCCUUAAGAGUAGUGUACUCCACGUUCUUCGCCCUCGUCAUUAGGAUAGCUACAGGUAUUCAAAUAGACAGAGGAUAUCAAGUUGCGCUGUUAGAGGCACUUAAUGUAUACAACACAUCUUACAGAGGCCUUGACUUAACCGAUGGUUACCAUGGUAAUAAUAAUAAUUCCAGAUAUUCGCCAGCUGUAUUGCUAAGAGGAGAUCUAAGGGAACUUAGAUUACCCACGGAAACCUGUAAGAAAGCAUUGAGUAUACUCUCGCGAAGCAACGAAUUCACUCUUAUGGCUACUUUGAGGCAAGAACAGAGGAAUGCUGGCACGAUAUUGGCUUUUACUGAAGGUAAUAGCACGUUUUUAGAAUUGGAAAGCAGUGGAAGAAAAAAUGAAAUUAGAUUGCAAUAUUACCAUAACAACCUGAUCCACAUGGAACCAUUUUUUUAUUAUUUAGCUGAUAAUAAUUGGCAUAAUCUUUCAGUAACUGUUAGUGGAAAUAAUGUUGCCAUUUAUGUGGACUGCAGUCUUAUUUAUAACAAAGUUAUUAAAGACAUUGAUAGGAGUUUUACCAAUAGGAAUGUCACUUUAUGGCUGGGACAAACAAAUACCAACCAAAAGUUUUUCAACGGAUGUUUACAAGAUGUUAGAAUAAUAGGAAGGCCUCAUGGAUACACAUUGCAAUGUUCUAAUUUAGCAACUGAGUGUCCAACAUGUGGUCAAUUCAGAGAACUUCAAAUUUNACCUUGA